GUGUCAAUGUUCAUUUCACUUCUCCUUGAUCUCUGAAGACCAGAGGAAUAAAACCUUUCACUGGGGCUGAGAACAUUUCAACAAGAAUCAUGGCCUACCAGUUGAAACUGGCUGAGAAACUUGUUAUACUCAAUGACAGGGGUCAAGGAGUUCUAGUCAGGAUGAACCAUAUCAAGAAGAUUUGUACGGAACCGAAGCGAAGACCCUCCCACCUUACUGACAAGACCAUGGAGUCUGCAGUCAAAUACAUCAACAGAAAGUUCCCCAAUAUAGACAUCAGAGGAGCCAAUCAACAUAUAAGCAGCAUUCAGAAACAGAAGUCAGCCGUAUUGGAGGGCCUUCAGAGUUACUAUGAGUCUUUCAUAGAUGUCAUGGAGUUCAGGGAUCACGUUUAUGAAUUGCUCAACACAAUAGAUGCCUGCCAGUGCUUUUUCAACAUAACUGUCAAUUUUGACCUCACCAAGAACUACCUGGAUCUUAUCAUCACCUACGCAUCGGUCAUAUUCAUGUUGUCCCGCAUUGAUGACAAAAAAGCCCUUGUGGGAAUGUACAACUGUGCAUACGAGAUGUCCAAUGGAAACAGUGACCCUGCAUACCCUCGACUCGGACAGAUGUUCUUAGAGUACGAUCAUCCCUGGAGAAAACUUUCAGAGGAGUUUGGUCCCCACACCAAGUCCGUGACAGAGGCUCUUCUGUCACUGCAUCUGGUGUAUCCGCGGAGGAAUCUGUCCGCUGAACAGUGCCGUAGUGCUCAGCUUUUGUCACUGCUGGCUUCUCCUGCAGCCAUGCUCAACCCUGUAUGCUGUGAAACCAUGGCGUGUGAGUAUUUAUCCAUGGAGGUGAUGGAACGCUGGAUCCUCAUGGGAUUCCUGCUAUGUCACAGUAGUUUAAAUACAAACCCUGGCUCUCAGAGUUUAUGGAAGAUGGCUCUUCGUAAUGGCCUGUACAUCACAGUGAUCAGAGACGAGGUUCUGAACAUACAUAAGCUCUCUGAGGACUUCUUUGAUACUUUCAAAGGAUACAACAAGCGGGUUGCAGACAUCAAAGAAUGCAAAGAGAUUGUUAUUGCUAACUGUGGGGCAUUUCGAAGAGAGAAAAGAAACUUCCUGAGAAAUGCCUUGAAAGAACUUACAAAGGUUUUGGAGGAUGAACCAGCACUGCUUGGUCCCAAGGCUUUAUUUGUGUUCAUGGCUCUGUCGUUCUCCCGUGAUGAAGUACUCUGGCUUGUGCGUCACGCUGAGAAUAUCACCAAGACCAAGACGCCUGAGGAUUAUGCAGACUCGCUCUUAGUAGGUGGCACAGUGGCUCUGUGGUUAGCACUGUUGCAUCAAGCAAGGAGGUCCUCGGUUCGAGCGCUGGCGGGCACGUUGAAGCCUUUCUGUGCGGAGUUUGCGUGUUCUCCCUGUGUCAGCGUGGGUUUCCGCGUUCUCCGCUUUCCACCCACAGCCCAAACACAUGCAGGUUAGGUUGAUUGAGUUUUCCAAAUUGUCCCACCCCAUUUUGUGUAUGGACCGACGUCUGUAUAGAACAGACUUGUGUAUAGAUUGACUAGUUCUCAUCACGAAUAUUGCCUUAGAUGCUGGAAUGACGCUAAGAGUGAAACAAUUAAUAAAUAAAGUAGGCUCUUAGUAUUCUUAAAAUGUCAUGAAAUUUGAGGCACACAA